AUGAGAGUUGUCACGAUACUAGCAGUGCUUUUCGUAAACUUCGCACUUCUUAUUGCGGCUGCGCAAAAGGACUAUUAUCAGAUUCUUGGAGUGAACAAGGAUGCUGGCGAAAAAGAGAUCAAGCUGGCCUAUAGACAGUUGAGUUUGAAAUACCAUCCAGAUAAGAAUCCUGGCAGUGAAGAAGCACACGAGAAGUUUUUGGAAGUGGGUGAAGCUUACGACGUUUUGAGCAAUUCCGAAAAGAGAUCAAACUACGACAAAUUUGGUGACGCCAACGGAGGACCGUCUAACCAGGAGUUCCAGUUUGAUUUUGGAGAUAUGUUUGGACAAUUCUUUGGAGGUCACGGUGGUGGUGGUCAAGGCGGCCAGAGAGUACGUAAGGGUGACAGCACACAAGUAAACUUGCAUGUAGCACUUGGCGAUUUCUAUAAUGGAAAGUUGUUGGAGUUUGAUGUUGAGAUGAUGAACAUCUGUGAGAAAUGUGAGGGUACUGGAUCAAAGGAUAGACAAACCCAUACAUGUGACAAGUGCAAGGGUGCCGGAGUAGUGACAGUUCGUCAUCAGCUUGCUCCCGGUAUGGUUCAACAGGUCAGAAUGCAAUGUGACCAGUGCGGAGGUAAGGGUAAGACUAUAGCCCAUAAAUGUGGCUCCUGCUCAGGAAAGGGUGUCCAUGCUGGACCCAGACAUUAUGAAGUAUACAUCAAACCGGGCCAGCCGCGCGAUUCCAACAUUGUUUUGCAUGGCGAAGGUGACAGGAAUCCAGACUGGGUUCCCGGCGACUUGAUUAUUAAUGUCCGCGAGGAGUUCGUCAAGAGCUGGGGCUACAGACGGAUCCAUAGUAAUUUGUACAGAACAGAAGUCUUGACUUUGAACGAAUCCAUCGAAGGAGGCUGGGAGAGAAAGAUUGCAUUUUUGGAUGCCGAAGAUAACGUUCUUACGUUGAAGAGAGAAAAAGGUGUCAGGGUUACAGACGGAGAAGUAGAGAUCAUCAAGGGCAAGGGGAUGCCAUUGUUGGAUGAGCACCAGGACCAUAAUGAUGAUUACGGAGAUUUAUUCAUCCAGUACAAGAUCCUUGUAGCUGGGGGUAAGGCACAGAAGUUGCUGCACGAGAAAGAUGAAUUAUAG